UGUACAACACCCUAUUUGUUCAAGCAAUUGAAUAGCUGACCAAGUGAAGUACUCAAACAAAGAAGAAAACGGCAACUGAUAUAAGCAAUAGAGGUACAAGCAUCACCAUCAUCAUUCUUAGUUGAUAUAUAUACAUAUAUCCAUUACUGGAAGGAAAAAGCAGAAGCUUUAUCAAUGGAGUUUGAAGAUUUAGCAGAGGGAUGCAUUGCAGAGAUACUGUCACACACGUCUCCCAUGGAUGCAUGCAAGCUCUCCUUGGUUUCAAGAGCCUUUUGUUCUGCAGCUGAAUCUGAUUUUGUGUGGUCUGCUUUUCUCCUCAACUUGACCUCAAUCAUUCCUCCUUCUUCCAUUCCCUCAUCCAGUUCUAAGAAGGGUCUCUAUUUCAAUCUCUGCAACCACCCCACCAUCAUUGAUCAGGGCAAAAAGAGUGUUCAGCUCGACAAAAGGACAGGGAAGAAGUGUUACAUGCUUUCUGCUAGAAAUCUGGACAUUAUAUGGGGUGAUGCUGCUCAACAUUGGGAUUGGACAAGCCUGCCAGAGUCCAGGUUCGAAGCGGUUGCUGUGCUUCGUGCUGUGUGCUGGUUUGAUAUCAGUGGGAAGAUAAGCACAGUUGGUCUGUCAUCAGACACUCAUUAUGCAGUAUUUCUGGUGUUCAAGAUGAUCAAUGCAAGUGGGUUUCAUUACCAUCCGACAGUGAUAUCAGUUGGUGUUUCUGGAGGUAGUACCAACUCCAAAUAUGUUUGUUUGGAUCUGAACGUGAAAGAUAAUUGUUUGAGAGAACUACAAUGUCCUAAAGUGAGAAGUGAUGGGUGGUUGGAGAUUGAGAUGGGAGAGUUCUUCAAUUCAGGCCUAAAAGAAGAGCAAUUGCAAAUAAAAGUGAUGGAGACAACAAGUCAUAUACAGAAGUGUGGUUUCAUUCUUGAAGGAAUAGAACUUAGGCCUAAAUAUGUCUGAUACGUGAAACGAGUUGUUUGGCCAAAGAAGAGUGAAAUUACAAAGAAUUCAUACUUGCUGUUACCCAAUUUUUUUUUCAUAUUUGUAUUUUUGUAUACCCUUUUACAUUGAGUUACCCUUUUACCAGAGUGGAAGAUUUUUUAUUA